UUUGUUUUGGUCGUCGCAAGAUGAGGUCGACUAUAUCGCAUCUGGCUUUAUUAUUCUGAUUGCAAUUUUAUUAAUGGACCAAUGCCCGUGUGAACGGAUCCACGGCCAUCUUCGAAUCACUUCGUAUUACAAUCCACUUGCUAAUUUGCCCAAUGUGCCCAUCAAUAAAAUUGGCAUGUUGGAGUCGAAAUUGAUUUACAUCCUCGCGAAAUUCCUUAACUUCACAUACGAAAUUUACGUUCCCACGGACGUUCAUCAGUUGGGCUCACAUGACGAAACGAAAGGCAACGGUUCGUGGACUGGAUUGCUGGGCCAAUUUCUUCGCGAUGAAGUGGAUAUGUCAAUUUCAUUUGGUCCUUGGUUUCACUCGAGGCAUUUGGUUUCGUGAUUUCCAUUCAAUUCUGAAUCAAAAUCAUGUAUUGACAAAACGAAUUACUUAAUCAGAAUCAGCGUUUAAUUUUCAUUAUACCGUGUGAUUUCUGUUGAAUUUCAUGAGAUAUUGGUUUUUGCAGAUUUUGACAAAAGUUGGAAGGCUAUAUACCCUUCCCACUUUUUCAGUUUUGGCCAAAUUUUAAAUUUUCC